UGUAGGAAAUUAAUUAUUUUCACACGGGUGUCAUACAUUUUGAACGCUGUUUCUUCGCCAUCGCGCAAUCGGAACAUACAUACAGCAAAUUUAGUUUUCAUUUAUCAAAUCAUAAUAAUUAUCUGGUAUAAUUUACUCAAGGACAUUCAAUUAGCAAAAUAAUAUAAUUCAAUGUAGUGGCGAUAAGCGAGGUAGCUCCACUAACAUGGAGGACGAAAUUGAAGAAUGUGUUCGUAAGAAAAUACAAUGGGCUAAGCUGCCAGCAAACGUUAAAAAGCUAUUAGGGGAUUCCAGCAAGGAAUAUGAGAGAUAUAUAUUUGAAUUCAGUAUUAAAAAUCAACUCCGGUACAGGGGAAGUCUUGUGCGGACAGUCCAGAAAGAUGAGAGGAAAUAUUAUGAGACUCUUGUGCACAGCAGCAUUCAGAGGCUCAUGCUCUACCCCUACCACUUGGCUGACAUGAUUGUUAAAGGUCUGCGGAUAACCCCGUUCAUCUACUAUGUGGAGGUGGUGGCACUACUGAUUGAGCUGGAGAAGAGCUAUGACACCAUGCCCAACUUCACUGCUGCCGACUGUCUUCGCUUGCUAGGCAUCGGCCGCAACGAAUACCUGGAGCUAGUAGCCAAGUCGCGCUCUCUCGGCCGCCGCGGGCGCUCGAAAGCCAUCAGGGCGCUCUUGCCGCGAGUACCCCUCAACAUUCCCAUGCAACCCUGGUGGAGGAUAGAACUUGGCUACGUGUUAGAAGCCGAUGUUAAGCCACUGGGCGAUCAGGAGCGGGGGCUCAUCGACCUGCUGAUCGACCGAGGGUCGCAGACCGCGGGCACCCUCGACUACAACGUCGUCAAGACAUUGUACAGGCGCGGGCUGAUCUACCUCGACGUGCCGAUCACGGCUGAAGACCGCGUGUCCGUCCCGCCCCUAAAAGGGUUCGUCAUGAACCGCGUCGCUGGCGACUACUUCGAAACUUUACUGUACAAAGUAUUCGUCUCUAUAGACGAACAUACUACGGUCGCUGAGUUGGCGGCAGUGUUACAGGUGGAAUGCGGCCUAGUGAAGCAGGCUGUAUCGCUAUACUGCCGAUUGGGGUUCGCGCAGCACUUGCAGCCACCGCGGGUCCCCAACCCGCACGCGUCCUGGCGCACAGCGCUCACGCAGCCUCUACACACACAGUAUAGCCAAAUAUCGCCACUAACGUUUAACCCCAACAUGGAAGAGGAGGUACUACAAAUGGAGCCCGUACUUAUGAAGGAACCGUCCACGUCCAAACAGAACUAUCAAGACAUGAACGAUGCCUCCAGCAACAGCGGCGUAAAAAGGGUGGCGCUUCUGUUCGACUCGACUCUAGCCGCCUACCUCAUGAUGGGAAACCUCUCACCGGAUCUCAAAACGCAUGCUGUUACGUUAUUUGAAGUGGGCAAGAUAUGCGAUGAAAGUCUGGAUAGUUUACUUAUGGAAUUAGAUAAGGUGGCAGGUGACCCUGAAAUUGAAGGGGAGGCCGCGCGCUACCUAGCAGCGGCGGCGUGCCUCCGGCGCACGCUGCGGAUACUGCGGCCGCGACUGCGCCCGCUCGACCUGCUCCGGUGCGAGGCGCUGCACGCGCUCGGCGCGCCGCAGCGCUCGCGCCUGCUGCAGCACAAAUACAGGCUAGCGGUAUCAACGGCGCCUUUAUGCCGCGAAGCUCGCGCCGGUCUAGCGGCUGGCUCUCUACCCCACAUCGGCCCAGCUCCUCCUGAGACCUCCACGCCUUGGAUGAGACUCUACUUAUAUCAUGUUGCUGGCUACGGACCGCCGACGCUAUUAUUGAAGAAAGGCACGGUGGUCCGCAGCGUGCCGCGGUUACUGCUCGGCUUUUCCCGACUAGUGGUGGCGUGGUGGGGCGCGGAGUCGGCGCUGGACGGCGCGGGGGGCGCGCCCGGCGCGCUGCCCGCCGCCGCCGCGCUGCAGGCCGCCAAUUCAGCCCUACGUCGUGGGCCCGUGCUGCUGCAGGCGGUUGGAGUUCGGCAACCGGCGAAGUUAAAACAUGUAGUUUUCCCUCCGGAAGCCGACAAAUCGCCAGAGACCAGUGCGUUAUGGGCGCGGCAUGCGGGACUGAGACGGCUAGCGUCCCGGCUACGGCUGUCUCGCUCUGUCGGCUACGUGACGCUCGCUGACAUAGGAGUGAAACUGCUCAUAUGCGCAAGGCCGCCCCCUACCGUGCAACUUGUUGCGCCGCGCAAAAUGAAAGACGUAUGCGGCAUGGCGAAACCCAUCAGCGAAGUGUCGAUAUCCUCGACCGAGUCGGGCGACAAGUCCGACGACAAGCGACUGCAGUCACCGAUCGAGUCGCACUUCGCGGUCACUCCGUCCACGGACAGCAAAACUAGCUCGCCCGCGAACGGGUUCACUACGGUGGAAGGUGGCCAGUUACUCCGCGAAGAGCUCGACAACCUUGGAAUUGGCGACUCACGAAGCAAAGAGUCCCUCCCGACCAGCGACGAUCUAGUCCCCAUACAUUCCUCCUCCACUAGCGUAGAAGACUUGAAGGACAAGUCCAAAGACUGGCGAAGCAAAGAGUCUCUCUCAGACGACACGCCUACCAAGGACUUUGCCAAAGUGUCAAGUAUAGAAGACUUGAAGAACAAAGAGUUUGAUUUCGAGAAAGAUAAGCAGUUGAGCGAUUUGUUGAGUCCGGCGGAGGAGUCGAUAUCGAUGUUUACGCAGUUGAGCGAUAAGUUGACGGAGAUGGCGGAGGGCGAUAGUGGCGUCGAUACGGCGCAUACUGACGAUGAGGCUUGUAAACCAGAGAAAUGGACUAUACUUGAUCUUCAAUUUGGCAUUCCAUUGUUUGACGAGGUGCUGUGCGAAAAGAUUUGUAACUGUUUGGCUGACCGGAUAGCAGAACCAGAGUUGUUAGAUAAAAUUAAGGAAGAUAACGAGUUCCUAUGCUCAGAUGUAUUGAAAUUUGUAUCGCAAUGUCAAUAUUACCCAGGAGAAGACAUGGGCAUAGUAAAGCGAGGUACUCUGGUCCCCCUCCCUCGGAAAAACCUGGCGUUUGAAAACGGACGCAUCAGCGAGUGGAGCGGGAAAUGACGCUCUCGUUCACUCCUGCCGAUUCUCCGUAACGACGCCAAGGUGCGACAGAGACCGACGUAUAUUGUAUACUUCUGUUAAGUUUAGAACACGUAUUCGAUGUCCAUAGUGAUGUACCGUUCCUAGGAAAAUUUCGCAAGGGGAAUGAACGGUAUAGAAAAAAACCGUUCAUAGGGAAUAUUCCCUAUCAUCAAUUCAUCAUCAUCAUCCGCUCCCGGCCGGUUUCGGCCUCGGCGACUGGGUUCGAACCGGUUAGUGAGAGCGACGGUCGUGAGCUCUCAGGUGAUUCCCUAUAAUAUAUGACGGAAUAUAGGAAAUUACUCGGGAACGGCACAUCAUUAAUUGUCCGUUUGCAGUACGUUUUACAGAUGAAUAUAAAAAUAUGUAAUAAUAUCGGUUUAUUGUACAAAAAGCAACAACACAACUUUAUAUCGAUAGAAAAAGGGCUUCAUAUAGUCAAUUAAUUUUAAAGUAUUAUUGUAUUUCAAAGUUUUUUCACACCUAGCCAUAUUUUGUGUUCACAUAUUAAUAUAUUCGCUAUGUACUAACUGGGCAGUAGUAGCAUAAGAAAUAAUGUUCUUACUUUUGCUUUUAACUCCCACUAUAGAGUUUACCUAUGGUUUACAUUUGUACGAUUUCAAUUUAUUAUCACAGUUAAUUAUUUAAAACUAAGGUGGAAGUUACACAAUCUUAAAAAUAUAUAAAAUUAUUGCUACUAGCAAUGUGAAACAUCCACGUUUAAUUUUAGUUUUUAGGUUGUUAGUGAAUAUGCUAAGAACGUCAAUUAUUACCAACCGCCAUCUUCGUUUUGUAAAAUUCAAGUAUUAAUGUGAUUAAAAAGAUUAUUAUUAGAAUAAAAAAAGUAUUACACGACAGUUUAUCAAAAUAUUUCUAGUUACCUGUUAGUGAAGAUUUUAGGAACUGUCGUGUAGAGCAGUCUAGAAUAUUAUAGAAGUAUCUGAGUGACGGCUUUAUUAUAAUGAAAAACGCAUGGAAACUAGAAAAAUCGCGUUUCCCAGGACCUAAGACUAAGCUAGAUCGAUUUAUCAUCCCCGAAAUCCAGAUUUCAGCAAAAUCGUCACAGCUGUUUCCGAGAUAGCCGGUAUAUAUAAAUAAAUAUAUAAAAAUUGCUCGUUUGAAGAUAUUAGAUUAGAUGUAGUGUAGAUAAAAUCUCAGUGUACACAUCCCUACCUGUAGAACCUGUAGAAAACAGCUUGAGUUUUUAUAAAUGAGUAAUAUAUAAAUAAAUAAUUAAAAUAAGAAUACAUAAUAUAAUGACAAUGAAGAUAGGUAUUGAAAUUUAGACGUCCAUUCCGGUUACACCUUGUUAUUUUAUAAACAGGGCACGUUUACAUUAUAUUUAGAGGGUGCGCCCACGGGCGACUUUUCGAAGCGACUUUUUUGUCGCGACCAUGGGCUAGUAUGAAAGUGCGCUCACGAAGCGACGCAACUUUUCAUACAAAUACGUAGGUCGCCGAGCAACUUUGUCGCCCGUGGGCGCGCACCCUUACAGAUAUCGUUGAUUAAUUCAGUUCAAAACCGUAGUUAAAUAAAAUAAAAAUUACAGUACUGAUCGUCAGAUCUGAUCUAGUCUAGUCAACUCUUUGUCCGCCAAAAACGUCAAGUAAAGCGCUGUCGCGCGCCUGCCAUCAACCAUACAUUUUGACAAGGGCCACGAGUACGGUAUUCAAAGAUUAGC